GGGAGGGAUGAACUAAUCAUUAAUUAACAUACAGAAGGAACCCUGCAAGGCUAUAAGGAUUCAAGUCGACAGCUUUCAACUCCCAGCCUUGUUUUUCUUUCUUUCCUCUUAAAUAGUAUUUAAAGAGCCAACCCAUAUACAAACCCUCAUCAACCCUUCUUUCUUCUUCUUCUUCUUCUUCUUGAACCUAAACCUUAAUGGCUCUUUCUCACAUUCUUUGUUUCUCUUUCUUUCUCAUUCUCAGUUCCCUUACAUCAGUAGCUCCACAAGGCUCAUGGGACCUCGUCCAGAAAAGUAUUGGCAUAUCAGCCAUGCACAUGCAGCUGCUCAACAACGAUCGCGCCGUCGUCUUCGACCGCACUGAUACCGGAGCUUCCAAUCUCUCGUUGCCUGAUGGGAAAUGCCGGAAUGACUCCAGUGAUAUUACUCUCAAAUAUGACUGCACUGCUCACUCCGCUGAGUAUAAUGUAGCUAACAAUUCUGUACGAGCCCUUAUGCUUCAAACCGAUACUUGGUGCUCAUCCGGUGCCGUCUCUGUCAACGGAACCCUAAUCCAAACCGGUGGAUUCAAUGAUGGUGACCGUGCUGUCAGGCUUUUCCAGCCGUGUGAUACUUGUGAUUGGAAAGAGAUUUCUGAUGGACUCAAUCAACAUCGUUGGUAUGCCACCAAUCAAAUACUACCAAAUGGACAGAUGAUCAUCAUUGGCGGCCAAGAGAACAAUUACGAGUUCUACCCAAAAACCGCAACCACCAGUACUGUAUUCAACUUAACCUUUCUAGAACAAACCAGUAACCUCUACCCUUUUGUUCACCUAAAUGUGGAUGGCAACCUAUUCAUCUUUGCCUACAAUGAAGCAAUCUUGUUCAACUACACCAGCAACACCGUCGUCAAAACUUUUCCGGCGGUUCCGGAUUAUCAGUCUCGGACCUACCCAUUCACGGGUUCCUCAGUUCUUCUCCCAUUAAAGAACUUAUCCCAAUCUUCAAUGCAAGCAGAGGUCCUCAUCUGUGGAGGACAAACAUGGGACUCAUCUAGUGAGGCCAAUUCAGGGAACUUCACCGAAGCCUUAAACACAUGUGCCAGGAUCCGAAUUACUGACCCGAAUCCACAAUGGACCAUGGAGACAAUGCCCUUGGCUAGAGUCAUGGGAGACAUGAUCUUACUCCCAACUGGUGAAGUCUUGAUCAUCAAUGGUGCCUCAAGGGGACUCGCCGGUUGGGAAAUGGGAAGAGAUCCAGUGUUCUACCCGGUUUUGUAUCAACCAAAUAACCAGACCGGGUCUCGGUUCCAAGUACUAAACCCAUCAACUAUUCCACGUAUGUACCAUUCUACUGCGGUCUUAUUACGUGAUGGUCGAGUUCUCGUGGGAGGAAGCAAUCCCCAUCAGUACUACAACUUCACCGGCGUUCUUUAUCCGACGGAAUUAAGCUUAGAAGCAUUCUCUCCUGCGUAUCUGCAUUCGACAUUUUCGAGUUUACGGCCUACGAUCACCGCCCCGGCGUCAUAUGCUAAGCUUACAUAUGGGCAACGAUUGGCAGUACGGUUCUCGGUGUCGAGUGGUACUAAGGUGAAUACGACGGCGGUAAUGGUGACCAUGGUGGCUCCAUCUUUCAAUACACACUCUUUCUCCCAUAACCAGAGGUUGUUGAUGCUGAAUAUCGGGCAUGUGACCCUUGUGAAGAAUUCGAAUUCAGCGUAUGCCUUUUCCGCGACAACUCCAAUUUCAGCUAUCCUGGCACCUCCUGGGUAUUAUCUUUUUUUCGUGGUUCAUCAAAAUAUACCUAGUGAGGGGAUCUGGGUUCAUAUCCAGUGAUUUAUUAUAGUUUUUAUUUUUUUAUUUUUUUAUUAUUUUUUUUUUUUUUUUUAACUACGUUGCUAAUAGGAACAACCAGCCAUUAAAAAAAAGUGUAUAGAUUUGAUUA